AUGUCUGUGGACAUUACGCCAUCGCGUGUAGGACGGCCCGGUCCUGAUCCUGCUCGCGUCGCAUUAUUUGUCGCUCCAAUUACCGCGUACUAUUAUGCGAAGGACAACUGGCUUCAAGGUAAGUGA